AUGGCUCCUCCCGCGGUCAACGGUGUCAACGGCACCAAGGCCAAUGGGACACAGUCCUCCUGGCAGUCCCGCCAUAAUCUGCACUCGAAUUCGCCGCACUUCAUUGGCGGCAACCAGCUCGAGAAGGCUCCUCCGAGCAAGGUCAAGGACUUUGUGCAGAACAGCGAUGGUCACUCCGUCAUCACAUCCGUCCUCAUUGCGAACAACGGUAUUGCAGCAGUCAAGGAAAUCAGAUCAGUACGAAAAUGGGCCUACGAGACGUUCGGCGACGAGAAGGCCAUCCAGUUCACUGUGAUGGCCACCCCAGAAGAUUUGGCCGCAAACGCCGACUACAUCCGUAUGGCUGAUCAAUACGUCGAGGUCCCGGGAGGUACCAAUAACAACAACUAUGCCAACGUUGAACUCAUCGUCGAUAUUGCCGAGCGCAUGAACGUACACGCCGUCUGGGCCGGCUGGGGCCACGCUUCCGAGAAUCCCAAGCUCCCCGAGUCCCUCGCAGCUUCGCCGAAGAAGAUCAUAUUUAUCGGACCUCCUGGGUCUGCUAUGCGGUCCCUGGGUGACAAGAUUUCCUCCACAAUCGUCGCACAGCAUGCUCGCGUGCCCUGCAUUCCUUGGUCUGGCGAGGGCGUUGACGAAGUCGAAGUUGACAAGGAUGGCAUUGUCACAGUCAGAGAUGAUAUAUACGACAAGGGCUGCGUCCACUCACCCGAAGAAGGUCUUGCGGCUGCUAAGAAGAUUGGCUUCCCAGUCAUGGUGAAGGCGUCUGAGGGUGGUGGCGGCAAGGGUAUCCGAAAAGUCGAGAACGAGUCCGAGUUCACCUCCCUGUAUAACGCGGCCGCAAGCGAAAUUCCCGGCUCGCCCAUCUUCAUCAUGAAGCUUGCUGGAAAUGCCAGGCAUUUGGAAGUACAGCUUCUGGCCGAUCAGUACGGCAACAACAUCUCCUUGUUCGGUCGAGACUGCUCGGUUCAGCGAAGACAUCAGAAAAUUAUUGAAGAGGCGCCGGUCACAAUCGCGAAGCAGGAUACAUUCCACAACAUGGAAGCUGCUGCUGUGCGGCUCGGUCAGCUGGUCGGCUACGUCUCUGCUGGUACGGUCGAAUACCUGUACUCGCAUUCGGACGACAAGUUCUACUUCCUCGAGCUCAAUCCGCGUCUCCAGGUCGAGCAUCCUACGACUGAGAUGGUCAGCGGUGUCAAUCUGCCAGCUGCUCAGCUACAGGUUGCUAUGGGUAUUCCUCUGCAUCGCAUCCGUGACAUUCGCUUGUUGUACGGAGUCGAUCCUCACACCCAGACCGAAAUCGAUUUCCACUUCACAAAGGAAAGCAGCUUCAAGACCCAGCGUCGGCCGCAGCCCAAGGGCCAUACGACAGCCUGCCGUAUCACUUCUGAGGAUCCUGGUGAGGGCUUCAAGCCAUCCAGCGGUACUAUGCACGACCUCAAUUUCAGGUCAAGCUCCAACGUCUGGGGUUACUUCUCCGUCUCUUCAGCGUCCAGCAUCCACAGCUUCUCGGAUUCUCAAUUUGGUCAUAUUUUCGCGUACGGUGAGAACCGAGCUGCGUCACGGAAACACAUGGUCGUUGCGCUUAAAGAGUUGAACAUUCGAGGUGAUUUCCGAACCACUGUCGAAUAUUUGAUCAAGCUCUUGGAGACUCCCGCCUUUGAGGACAACACUAUCACCACAGCUUGGCUAGAUCAGUUGAUCACGAACAAGCUGACUGCGGAGCGACCAGACCCGAUGCUGGCUGUCUUGGCGGGUGCUGUCACCAAGGCUCACCUUGCUAGCGAAGCUUGUAUCGCGGAGUACCGCAAAGGGCUGGAGAAGGGUCAGGUGCCAUCAAAGGACGUUCUGCGAACCGUCUUUCCUGUCGACUUCAUUUAUGAAGGACACAGGUAUAAGUUCACGGCCACCCGCUCUAGCCUUGACAGCUACCACAUGUUCAUCAACGGAUCCAAGUGCUCAGUGGGUGUUCGUGCUUUGGCUGAUGGGGGUCUCCUCAUGCUUCUGGCUGGAAAAUCGCACUCUCUGUACUGGAAGGAAGAGGCGACAGCCAUUCGCAUCAGCGUGGACAGCAAGACCUGCUUGUUGGAGCAGGAGAACGAUCCAACUCAGCUGCGUACGCCAUCUCCUGGCAAGCUGGUCAAGUUCACCAUCGAGAAUGGCGAGCACAUCAAGGCGGGUCAAGCAUUCGCCGAAGUUGAGGUCAUGAAGAUGUACAUGCCCUUGAUUGCUCAAGAAGAUGGUAUUGUGCAAUUCAUCAAGCAACCAGGAGCUACUCUCGAGGCUGGCGACAUUCUUGGCAUACUCGCCCUGGACGACCCAUCCCGAGUCAAGACGGCUCAAAACUUCACUGGCCAGCUGCCAGAUCUCGGACCUCCUCAGAUUGUCGGCAACAAGCCACCCCAGCGAUUUGCUUUGCUGCACAGCAUCCUACAGAACAUUCUUCUUGGCUUCGAUAACCAGGUUCUCAUGGCUGCGACCUUGAAGGAGAUCAUCAAAGUUCUCCGUGAUCCGGAGCUUCCCUAUGGCGAGUGGCAGGCCCAGUCAUCGGCUCUGCAUUCGCGAACGCCUCAGAAGCUGGACUCACUCAUCGGCCAGAUCGUUGACCGCGCUCACUCGAGAAAGACUGAGUUCCCUGCCAAGCAGCUGCUCAAGACCAUCAACAAGUUCUGCGAGGACAACCUGUCUCGUGCGGAGACUUCUGCUCUCAAGACUACUCUGGCACCUUUGAUCUCGAUUUGCGACAAGUACGCGGAUGGCCUCAAGGUCCACGAAUACUCAGUCUUCACUGGGCUGCUCGAUCAGUACUGGCAAGUUGAGAAGCUCUUCUCAUCAGGUACUCUCCGAGACGAGGACGUCAUCCUGAAGCUUCGUGAAGAGCACAAGGACGAUCCGUUGGCUGUGGUCCACACUGUACUGUCUCACACCAAGGUGCAGUCCAAGAACAACCUCAUUGUGGCUAUCCUUGACCUCUACCGACCAAAUCAGCCAGGUGUCGGUAAUGUGGGCAACGAAGGUUACCAUCAAAGCUCGAGAGGCAUUGGUCCAGGCCGCUCUGCCAUCAUUGGAGGAGCGAUCGUCCAGAUGGAGCACAUCCUCAAAUCAUCCGUCAUCGACUCGAAGUAUGGCGAGAGUGGUUGGGAUCAUCGAGAUCCAGAUCUUGACGUGCUCAGAGAGGUUGUCGAUUCACCACACACUGUCUUCGAUGUGCUACCACUGUUCUUUGCACACCAAGAUCCGUGGGUUGCUUUGGCGGCGUUGGAGACGUACAUCCGCCGCGCCUACCGUGCAUACACCGUCAAAGAAGUUACUCACCACAACGAGGGCGAGACACCCUACUUCUUCUCCUGGGAUUUCGUCCUGAGGAAAGUCGGUCAGUCCGAAUUUGGCUUGCCUCUGGCGUCGUCCUACCCAUCAGCGCCUUCCACGCCAUCUCAGCGCGACAACCCGUUCAAACGAAUCACAUCCGUUAGCGACCUGUCGUAUCUGAAUAAGCUGUCCGCAGAUGAAGAGCCAACUCGCAAGGGUGUCAUUGUCUUCCCCAAGUCAGCCGCUCAAUCGAAGAGCAAGGGUCUCAUGCCAAGCCUUGAAGGUGCACGCAAGCCCCAAAAGCCUGUGGACGAGGAUGAUCUCACUGGUGUUCUCAACGUUGCCAUCAAAGACAUUGAAGAUGCCAGCGAUGACGAGAUCCUCCAGAAAUGCCGACAGCUUGUCGAAGAGGCCAAGUCGGAGCUGGUCGCCCGCAAUGUGCGCCGUAUCACAUUCAUCUGUGGCCACAAGAACGGGAGCUAUCCGGACUACUACACCUUCCGUGGGCCCACUUAUGAAGAAGAUGAGACCAUCCGCCACAAUGAGCCUGCGCUUGCCUUCCAGCUUGAGCUUGGACGUCUCUCGAAGUUCAAGAUCAAGCCCGUUUUUACCGAGAAUCGGAACAUUCACGUGUAUGAGGCCAUCGGCAAGAGCAACGAAAGUGACAAGGCUGUCGACAAGCGCUACUUCACCCGUGCCGUUGUUCGUCCAGGCCGCUUGAAGGAUGAGAUCCCAACUGCUGACCAACUGAUCUCGGAGACCGACCGUCUGGUCAACGACAUUUGUGAUGCACUUGAGAUCAUUGGCAACAACAACUCUGAUCUCAACCAUAUCUUCAUCAACUUCACACCAGUCUUCCCACUCGUACCAAGAGAUGUUGAAGAAGCACUGGCUGGGUUCUUGGAGCGCUUCGGUCGCAGACUCUGGCGCCUUCGCGUCACUCACGCUGAGAUUCGCAUUCUGUGUACAGAUCCCGAAUCGAGCCUGCCUUAUCCUCUCCGUGUCAUCAUUACAAACACAUCCGGCUUUGUCGUUGAUGUCGAGACCUACGUUGAGAAGAAAUCACGGAGUGGCGAAUGGAUCUUCGAGAGCAUUGGCGGUACCAAGAAGAUUGGUUCCAUGCACCUACUGCCAGUCUCAACGCCAUACUCUACGAAGGAGUGGCUGCAGCCGAAGCGUUAUAAGGCUCAUCUUAUGGUACUCAAUAUCUGGUCUGCCGCACUUGCUGGCACGCCUUCGCUGUCAGAGACUCGACCUGAGCUUGGCAACUGCAUUGAGUAUCAGGAACUCGUCCUCGACACAGAAGUUGAUGGACUCAUUGAGGUCGCUCGCCCUCCUGGGCUGAACAACUGCGGUAUGGUCGGCUGGAUCAUCACUGCUAAGACGCCCGAGUAUCCUCGUGGUCGACGGAUCAUUAUUGUCGCAAACGAUAUCACCUACCAAAUUGGUUCAUUCGGCCCUCAGGAGGAUCGCUUUUUCAACAAAUGUACAGAGCUGGCUCGCAAGCUUGGUAUCCCUCGCAUCUACUUGUCGGCCAACUCCGGUGCUCGCAUUGGCAUGGCUGAUGAGCUCAUCCCUCACUUCUCUGUCGCCUGGAAUGAUCCUGGAAACCAGGGGGCUGGCUUCAAGUAUCUCUAUCUCACUCCCGAGAAGCGUGAGGCACUCAGUGAAAAGGAUGUGAUCACCGAGGAGAUUAUUGAUGAUGGUGAGACCCGCCAUCGCAUCACGACCGUCGUCGGUGCUAAGGACGGUCUUGGUGUUGAGUGUCUACGCGGUUCGGGUCUCAUCGCUGGUGCGACUGCGAAGGCUUACGAGGACAUCUUCACCUUGACUCUCGUCACCUGUCGCUCAGUCGGUAUCGGUGCCUACCUGGUUCGGCUUGGUCAGCGUGCCAUCCAGAUCGAGGGCCAGCCAAUCAUCCUCACUGGUGCGCCCGCCAUCAACAAGCUCCUCGGCCGCGAGGUUUAUACCUCAAACUUGCAGCUCGGUGGCACACAGGUCAUGUACAAGAACGGUGUGUCUCACAUGACUGCAGAUGACGACUUUCAGGGUGUGCAAAAAAUCGUUGACUGGCUUUCAUUCAUUCCGGACAAGAAGGGACAACCGGUUCCCAUCAGUCCUUCGGUCGAUGUGUGGGAUCGUGAUAUCUCCUUCUACCCUACAAGCAAGACUUACGACGACUCCUUCCAGGAGGCUCUUGGCGGUUGGGCCCGAACCGUCGUCGUUGGUCGUGCUCGCCUUGGCGGCAUCCCCAUGGGUGUUAUUGCUGUCGAGACUCGAUCUGUUGAGAACGUUUCGCCAGCUGAUGCUGCCAAUCCAGACUCCAUCGAGCAGGUGACCCAAGAAGCCGGUGGCGUCUGGUACCCCAACUCUGCUUUCAAGACCGCACAGGCACUCAAGGACUUCAACUACGGUGAGCAACUGCCUGUGAUGAUCCUCGCCAACUGGCGUGGUUUCUCUGGUGGUCAGCGCGACAUGUACAAUGAGGUCUUGAAGUACGGUUCGUACAUCGUCGACGCUCUCGUGAAGUACGAGCAGCCAGUCUUUGUCUACAUUCCACCUUUUGGAGAACUUCGUGGUGGAUCAUGGGUCGUUGUUGACCCAACCAUCAAUCCCGAAAUGAUGGAAAUGUACGCCGACGAAGAUUCCCGUGGCGGUGUCCUCGAGCCAGAGGGCAUCGUCGGCAUCAAAUACCGCCGCGAGAAGCAGCUCGAAACAAUGGCUCGCCUCGACGAGCAAUACGCAUCCCUCCGUCAACAACUCUCCGCCAAGGGCCUCACUUCCGAGCAGCAGACCGACAUCAAGACCAAGAUGAACGAGCGCGAGAAACUCUUGGGUCCGGUCUACCAACAAAUCGCUCUCCAAUUCGCCGACCUGCACGAUCGUGCGGGCCGCAUGGAAGCUAAAGGCACAAUCCGCAUGCCGCUGAAAUGGCUGAACGCGCGUCGCUUCUUCUACUGGCGUCUGCGCCGCAGAUUGUCUGAGGAAGUCGUCCUCCGCCGCCUCGCCGCCUCUGCUGCUGCGGGUGGCGCACCUGUCCAGCCACAGUCGCCCGCGUCAGUCGCUCAACGCGAGCAACAUCUUGCUAUGUUGCGGACGUGGUCGGGACUGUUAGAUGUGGAGUUUGAUAGGGAUGAUAAGAAGGUUGCCGAGUACUACGAGGCAAACCGGAAGGAGGUGCAUGCCAAGAUUGAUGCGGUCAAGACGGAUGCAGUGAGCAAGAAGGUGGCGGAUCUGUUGAUGAGUAAUAAGGAUGGCGGAUUGAGGGGGGUCAAGGAUGUGUUGAGUCUGGUGCCGACUGGGGAGAGGGAGGGAUUGAUCAAGUAUUUGUUGGGGAACUGA